GUGACGUUGGAAUGAUGCGGCUGCCUGGCCAGCUACUCUUAAGCAUCUUUGCCGUCGCUUAAAUCUCUUCAGCAAAGAUGUAAAAUUUCAUUCCGGUCAUCGUGGGAAACAAAAACAACUUUACUGUGCUAUUUUCCAAGGAGCUUCUUGCUAAUUCCGUGAAUAUAUAAUUUUUUUCUUCACAGACGAUUGGAUAAGAUUUGAAAGAAGCAUUAUUAUAUUGACUGGAUUCAAGUACAGGGUUGGAAGUAAACCUAAACUUGGAUACUGCUCUUUUCAAGAUACUCAAACUGACAACUUUACUGGACUUAUUAGGAUAACCACAUUGUUGGUGAUAGCCUUUUGCUGUUUAUUGGAGAGUCUUGCGAGCGUAUGGAAAACCUAGCCUGAGGAAACGUUUGGAUAAUAUCUUAACGGUUUUGAUGACAGCUAUAAGGUGACCUGUUUCACUGCUACUCCUGAGAAGUUAAAGAAACCCUACAGGAUAUGCUGAAACAUUAGCCACAUUUAUCAUUCAGAUUGUAGUAAAGAAUCUCUGCUGAUUGUACGUUCCACUGCAGUUGACCGUCACUGAAUCUCAGUGUCGAGGUCAAAGAGAUUAUGCCAAGACCCGGUGAUAUCAUAAAUGAACACAUGUCCUACGAUGCAGGAUUCGAACUGAUGAAUAACUUGGACAGUAUGGGAGAAAUGAAACCAGGAGAUGAUACGACAGCAGACAUGAUUGGACAAAUGGACGAUAAACUGAAUCCGAGUGACGCUAUGUUACCGACAGAUUCGAACGAUAAUACGUUUGUUAGACCGCCGUUUAUCAACCUAAUGCAAUCAAUCGAUGCGAAGGUUGAUAGUGAAAUGCGCGAGGAUGGUUUGGAAUCAGCAUUUGAACGUAAUAGUAAAUCUAGUCGGCGCAAACAGUCUAAACCACUGCGCGUGCAACAUGUUGAUCUUCCAAAUAUUGAGUCUGAUCAGAUGGGAGUCACUCAACCUGAGCAGAUGAUGGAAACUACGGAUGGGGUCACUCCAAAGGACGAUCAGCCAAAUAGUACAGGCAACAGCACUUGUAACACUCCAGAAUUCAUGGACACCGAGCAUACAAUUUCUUGUGAUUUUUGCCCGGGAACUUUUAACUCGCUUCACGCUUUGAAGGAUCAUUUAAUCAACACGCAUGCACAUCCCAUGAAUGCUGUUGAGUCACCAUCAGUGUACCCCACGGAAUAUCAUCGACUAGCUAGCGAACUUUAUCCUGUUAAUGGCGAUAGUGGGAAAAGUCAGAACUUUGAAAAUGGUAUUGUGCCGUCAGAAAGUGAAAAGCAGGAGAAUAGUGAUGUGAUGAGAGAGGAGCGUCAGUCGCCCUCUGAUGGCAGUAUUCCAUGUGACAUGCCUGACAGUAAUAUUCAGGGUGAUGGAGAGGUGGUCAAGUCUCAAGGUACGCGUAUCUUCCAUCCAGACGCUUACUGCGAACUUUGUGAUAGGGAAUUCUGCAAUAAGUACUUCCUUAAGACUCAUAAAGCAAAUAAACAUGGAAUCUACGACAAUACGACCAGUCAGGCACCACCACCACCUCUUGGUCCAGUACCACCCAUGCCAAGUCACAUGUUUCCAAUGUUCUUACCUCAACCACCUCCACAUCUACCACCACAGCCGCCGCCGCAAUCACAACCGGAAAAUCUGGCUGCCAUGUCACAUGUCACAUCAGCUACCACAUCACUUCCCACUCCCAUUGUCACGUCACUUCCCUCAUCUUUGCCGCCAAUGCCAAUGAUGAUGCCGUCAUUACCACUGCCGGAGCCCAGUAAAAAAUCGCCACCUGUCCCAGAGCUGACCAAACCCAAGACAUCGGAGACCCCCACCUCCACUGCUUCUGGCGUUAAUGGAUCGGACAUGGAAGACUACUGUGAAAUCUGCCAGAAACAUUUCUGUAACAAGUACUACCUCAGAAAACACAAGUUGGAUGUUCAUGGUAUUCAGACCGAUCCACCAGCAAACAAGCGAAGUCGCUCCAGCCAUCAUGAUAGUCUGCCCUUUGGUGGAAUGGGUGGUCUCGCGCCUCCGAUGUUUUUACCUCAGAAUAUACCAAAUUCCAUGACAAAUAUCAUGUUGAUCAAUCCGUUUGGCCCAUUAAUGGCACUGCCACAAAGUCCAUCGCUAUUUCAUGCACAACUUCCACAGCUACCUCAGUCGUCAACUCCACUCAAGUCUUCACUGCAGUCCACUCCAGGAUUAGAUGACAGGGACAAGGACCGAGAACAACGUGACAGGGAACGUGAAAGAGAUCGAAAACAGCGGGAAAGAGAUCGGGAACAUCAUGAGAGGGAUAGAGAACACCGCGAUAGGGACAGAGAGCACCGUGAGAGAGACCGCGAACACCAUGAGAGAGAUCGGGAAUUGAGAGAACGGGAUCAUGAUAGGGAUCGGGAACAUGAGAGAGAACAGGAUCAUGAUAGAGAGAGGGAACGAGACCGAGAUGGAGAACGUGUGAGAGAAUUUGAACUUGAAAGAUCAUAUGAACGAGAGAGGGAGAGGGAUCGUGAGGGGGAUUUAGAACAUGAGAGAAAUCGAGACAGUGCUGCUGGUAGUCCUAACUCUUCAAUUGGGCAACUGUCUCAAGAAGCUCUUCGCAGUAUGGGGGUACUGAAUGCUGAUGCCUACUGUGAACUUUGUCGGAAAGAGUUUUGUAACAAGUAUUUUCUCAAAAUACACAGGGCCAACAAACAUGGCUUGUUUUUAGACGAUUCCCCAAUGAAACGGUCCCCCACAGGAUCAGUUUCGAACCAGUCUACCUCUUCACCGUUUGAUGCUUUGGGCCCAAUUGGUGACAAAGAUGGUGAAAGGCCAAUUAAGAGAGAAACCAGUACAACACCUACUAACUCUUCCAGUAGGAUAGGCACCCCUGGUACCCCUAGUGAUGCCAAUAUGCCACUUAACUUCAGUACGUAUGGUGAACAACGUCAUGAUGACAGAAGUCGCCAGCAGAUGGAACAACAAAUCCGCCAACAUGUCGAUCAGCAACUUCGUCAGCAGCAGGCAGAGCAAGCCAUGAGGUUUCAGGCAGAUCAACAUAUGAGACUACAAGUUGACCAGCAGCGACGUGAGCAGGCUGGGAGGGACCGUGAGAUGAGGCAACAAGUUGACCAACACAUGAGGAACCAGGAGCAGAUGAGGCAACAUGACAGGGACAGGGAGGCAAGGCAUCAGGCUGAACAACAGAUGUCGCGACCUUUUGAUCCAACAGCAAGGCCACCAGUCGAUCCAGAAGCCAUUUGCGAAAUUUGUAGCAAAGAAUUCAUCAACAAGUACACAUUGCAGAUCCAUAGACUUAACGCUCAUGGGAUUUCAUCGAGAGAUUCAGAAACUGCCAGCACACCUACAUCUGAUGUUGAUAAGCCUGCGUCCUUGCUACCUCAACCUAUGCCAGCCGACCAUCCCUCGCCCUUACCACCUGUUUCAUCGAGUGGAAGUGACAUCCCCACUAUGCCUACCAUGUUCAGCAGUAUGAUUGCUGCCAAGCUGGCAGACCGGGUCAUGUGCGAUAUCUGCAACAAGGAAGUGUGCAAUAAAUAUUUCCUCAAAACGCAUAAGAUGAAAAUGCAUGGAAUUCCACCUCCUCCUGGCAGCUCCACCCCUAAACCUCAGGAUCGCGAUAAAGCAAAAACCCCAUCGAUCCCUGAUGGUAAAAUGUCCCCCGUUUCACCAGUUGCCCGUCUCAUGAAGGCUGAGAGCUUCAAUGGAAGUAACGGAUGUCUAUCUAAAGCAGAAACUCUGAAAAAUAGUGAUAAACCUCUGCGUCAUGAUGAACUCUUGAAAAUGGGUAUCGACCCUGAAGCGUAUUGUGAGCUGUGUAAGAAAGAGUUUUGUAGUAAAUAUUUUCUGCGCACUCACAAACUCAACAUGCACGGUAUUCGGUCGGAUAAGCCAGAGCCACCGCUAAUGAAGAAAGAGGACUAUCUGUUCAAGGAUUACAGCAAAGAGAGGGAGAGGCUCUUCUUUCCAUUUCUUGGCAAUGACUUCCCUUAUGGAGGCUAUGGUCAUCCACCUCAGUCGUUGCCUCUACCGCCCCCAGUAUCAAUGAACUCUGUCGCAAUGCCAAUGGAGGAGAACAGUCAGGACAGUGCUGGGUCGAUCAAGAGCAGUAAUGCGGACACUUCUACUACACCUUAUGAUCCAAUUCAGUCUUCUCCAUUGAAUCUCAAAUCAGACAAGUCAAAAACGCGAGAACCUGCAAAUAUGAUCCGUGUGAAAUGUGAGAUUUGUAAUAAGGAACUCUGCAACAAAUAUUUCUUGCGCACUCACAAACUGAACAAACACGGUAUUCUCGAUGAGUCUCUUGGCCUGAACAUGAACUCUUCUUUUAAACUUACCGAUCUCCAGAAAAGUAUGUUAAUGGCCGAGAACCCGUUGUAUUUUAAUGGUAAGUCCAGUUAUAUGGACCGCGUGAAACAGGAGCCGAUGGAUGGGAUUUUGGAUGCUCAAUUGAAGCUCAAUGCUUACGAGAGUCAGCGAACAAUGGACAAUAAUAAUGGCAAUGGCGGUAGUGUGGAUUCUAGUCAGUAUCGCAAUCAGUCACCUGUGAACGACAAUCAGUCCGAUAGCUCCGAUGGAAGUCGCUACUUCAGGUAUUACACAGAGGUGUGUCAUAUAUGUCAGCGCCGCUUCAAGAGUCUGAAAUGGCUCAAAACUCAUUUGGUUGUUGAACACAACAUAAAGGAGGAGUACAUCCAUGACAUGUUGCGUGAAAACUCUCGUAUCAAGGACAGUAUCAUUCAAACGUGUAGUCUCUGCGGCAUGCUCUUUCCUGAUAAAGUCGGUCUUCAGAUUCACAUGCUUCAAGAACACAAUGCAGAGGUAACUCUUCCGGAAAAGAAUGACAUUUCACCUCAGAACAAACCAAAGGAAUUUAAUCUAACGAACAAUGAACUUGCAUCUAAUGUUAACAGUAUCAGUCAAAACCUGAAACGAAAGUACUCUAAAACCGUAAAGCAAAAGCUGCAUAGCUGUUCGCACUGUGACUAUAAGACCAGGUGGCUCAGUAAUAUCUACACACAUGAGGAACGCAAGCACAAUAUCCGUAAACCCAGGAAACAUCAGUUUUCCUGCAACAAGUGUCAAAGAGUAUUCCGUUAUGAACAUUCUCUCUACCGGCAUAACAUUGAGUGCCACAAGCUCGGAAGUUCUGGCAUCCUCAGCAACCAUUUAACGAAUGGAAAAUCAUCUUCCAGAUUCCGUUGCGGUCGUUGCAAGACACGUUUUGCAACACGGGAGUUGUGUAAGCUACAUAUCCGGCAGGUUCACCUCAGAAAUACUGACCUCACUGAGAAGAAGUUCCGUUGCUCCAAUUGUGAGUAUAAGACUAACUUUGCCACUAACUAUCGGAAUCACAUUAAGCAGAAACACGCCCAGAAGAUGCUCUUGGAGCCCCUGCAGAAUGGCCCUUGUAACGGCGAGAUGGCAACAGAAAGUGACGAUGGCAAGAAGACACCAGUUGCCUAUGCCACUCCAUGUGACCUGACCAGCCAAUCGUCAUUCAUCAUGCAGCCAUUUAAGCUGAUGGACGACACCAAGGCGGGCCAGUUCGUGACGGCGGUCGUCUACCUUCCUGUCUACCAGAAGAUUAGUGAACCAGUCACCGUGAGCUUUCAACUGAGCCCAACCGAACAGUAGAGCAGCAUUUUGUUAUGAGAGGUAAAGUUUUCACACAAGUCCAUUUCAUCUAAGCUAGCCAGAAUCGCCAUAUAUUUUAUAGAAGGAACUGUACAUCAAGUAUGGCUGAUCUUGGCCAGCUUUAGCAAGAAGUGGGCUCCUAGAGUCCAGAUUGACUGUACAUGUUACACAGUAAUAGUCUCGUUCCUUGUUGAGAUGAAUUAUAAAGUGCUUUCACUUCAGCUAGGACAGAGAUGUCUGUGUCAAUCUCUAUGUUGUUACACAUCAAUUUUGGUCUUCUGGGGUGAAAUAUAAAAUGUAUUUGUUUUGUGGCUGCAGACUACUGCAUAGACUCAGGGUGAUAUUGUACACUUUAUAAGCAACAAUGAUAUUUAUAUGAUGCCCAAUUUUAUGAAAAGUUCAGACGAUAAUUAUUUAUUGAUAAUUUAAUAUGAAUUAUGCGGGAGUGAAUCGUUCCAAAAGAUUAUGAAAAUUGCUGAUGCGAAGGUGUCAGCGUUAGUUUGGUAAAACGUACUGUCCUUGUCAGGCUAUAUCUACACAUGUAUAAAGGGUGUUGCUUUUUCAUUGUGUGUGAAAAUUUGCGGUCUUGUUAAUUUAUUAAAUAUAUAUUAUAAUUGUGUGCAAUGAUUUUAGCUAUAGAUAUAUUAUCAUGAUGCCUUCUAUCUCCAGAAAACUGCCCACCUUGUACAUGUUGUAUUUUUAUACUGUAGUAAGAAAUCUAUGUUGAGAGAACGAAACUAUUGGCACAAUAACUAUUAAAGAGAAAAAGGAUCUUAAUUACAUAUAAAAUGGGAGUUGAGUAAAAUAGGAGUAAAUAAGUUAAGUCUAAUGAGAGUUAAGUAAAAUGGGAGAAAUUAAGUUAAGUUUUCAUAUCUGAUAAAGUGGAGGCCACAGUACAGUUUAAUUCCAAUUUUGCCAAGGUACCAGUCGAUUAUUGCAUUUCAUUUAUUUCUAUUCAACAAAAACAGAGAACAGGCAGUUAAAGAUAUUAUUUUGUAUCCUGAGUUUUGAUGUUUUCUGAUGAGCCAUUCUGGUCACCUUGGUAAAGUUAGGAAGUGUUGUUUUCAUGUGAAUUGUUUGCUUGUAAAUUUGUAAUUAGAUGUGUAUUGAAGAGAAAGGACUGGAACAAACCCAUUUGGAUUAUUUUGAGGAGGGGAUGAAAAGUAUUAAUAUCAAGUAUUGUGGCUUCACUUUGUUGGACCUGAUUGAAUGACAAGGUACUGGAGACAUAUUGAUAAGCAGGCUCUGGCCUGACUGAUAAGUUGUCAUAUAGAUAUAAUGGCAUUGUCAUAGAUCUAAGCGAAUUGUGAAAGUCUGAUUAUAAGUUUGUAAAGAUCUAUUGAUAUCUUGCAUAGGUCUAUUGAUAAGUUGGCACUUUCCUCAUCAAAUUGAUGAGUAAAAGAUGUUUCCUUCCAAUGCCAUCAUUAUCAGAUCUCUCAGGUGGGAGAGAGUCAUAGCCGGACUUGUGCAGCCACCCUCUACCUAACUUAUUCAACUAUUUAUUUCAAUACACCAUGGCCAUAAAUGGGGUGGUUUCACAAGUUCAACACUUUAGUUUCUCAUGAAUAUUGUAUCUAAAUGAAUCCGCCAUGUUUGUUGUCGAGUCUGUUUAGACUAACACAAAUGAUGUAUAAAAAGUAGGGCACCCUGUGGUGUAAUCGGUGUAAAUUAGUAAGGAAAACUGUACAUUAAUUAGUGAGUUGGAAAAAUGUUUGUACCCUUUUGUUGCUUAGCACAUUUACCACACACGACUUGAAACGUACCGGGGUUAGUGGUACGUCGAAAUAUAGUUAUUACCACUGCCAACUGAGGGCGCUAUUGUUAUAAUAAAUGAAUCUCAUGGCGCAUUUCAUGACUAGAUCUUAACUCGUACUGUUAGUGGAUCUCUAUGUUGUAUGCAUUGUCAUUUUAACCCUUUCAACUCUCAAGAAUGCUUAAAGGGACUAUGAUUGUUGAGGUCAUAUGUGAGUGUGAAGGGGUUAACUUACCCUCAUAGGACUGGGGUUUCUUGAGAAAUCUAUCUUCUACCCUCUGUGAAUGAGAAAACCAAUCACAUCGUUAAAAUGAUUGUCUCAAAUAGUCUAAAAUGAGGACAAUGUGGCCUUUUGGGUUUGGCACAUUGCAAACAUUUGGUAAAUUUUCUGUCAUUUUUAUGUGGGGAUGUAAGCUCCUGUCCUGUGAGGGUUAAUGAUACGCACAUUGGACAUGUAUUAUGUACUACUUGUCAUAACCAAUAUUGUCGUCUAUAUUGUCAAAUCGUGAUUGAGAACAAAUAAGAAAAAUGUGAUAAGGAGCAGAUGACAUUUGGUUGUCAUGAUCUCAACACUUACCAUUGUAAGAAAGCCGCAAUACCGUGUACACGAAGCACAGUUUCCUAUAUAAAGAUGUGCAGGGAAUUGCGGUAUUCUUUUGGUGAAAUGAACAUUAGCUAGCAGUGGAUGAAUUGCAAUUAUAAAUAAGCUUUUGGCAUCAUGAACUGUAGUGUGUAUAAUGUUAACUUGACAUGUCAAAUGAAAUUCCGAUUAUUAGUCAAAUUUGAAUGUCAGGUUUCUAGUACUUCCAUGUUUUCGAUGUUGAUAUGCUCUCCAAGAUAUAGAAAUGGACUAUGGCUGAAUGUGUAUUAUUGUCUUUGUAAAAUGCAUGGGUACGAAUAAUUUUUAGUUUCUGAAUCCACUUGAGAAAAUGUUGGUAAAAAGAGGAGUUAUGCUGGUAGGCUUAAAUGUGCACAUGAUGAAUUUUAGAGAAAUAUUCCUUUUUAUUUUUCGUUGUUAUUUUCGCACCGUAUUCCACAAAGCCCUUGUAGAUAUCUUAUCUUCGUGCAGCCUGCUCCCUGCUUUAAUGCACGUAAACAUGUACAGUCACCCUAAUGCUCCUGAAAAGGCACCAAAUCUACAGACAGACUAUUGAAGCUAUGGGUUGAGGGAAUUCCUGUCAAUUUCUACAAGGCACCCUCAUAUGAAAUGACUGAUUUGGUCAAACUGAGACAGACUAAUUUCAACCUAAAUUUGCCAGAUCACAGUGUACAUCUACAUGCAUUAACUUGUGUAAUUGUACAUGAACCUAACAAGUUCAGCCUGAAACACACUCAGAUCCAAAAUAAUGAAAACACAUGUAAUAAUUUACUCCAUUGAUUUUAUUGUGGCCGUAUCAUGACCAAAAGCUAUCAACUUUAUAGAUAUUUCUCUAACAAAUAUUGGUUUUACAGUUUGCCUGUAUGAUACAAAUCAGUCCCUUUGGAGUAGAAUAUGCGAUGAAUAUGACUCCCUCCAGUGUGAACAAAACGUAAUCAUACCAUUGCCUUGGUAACAUGAAAAUAACCAGCCCAUGAUGUUGACAUUUGUAAAAUGAUUUCGAUCACUUCUCAUUUGGCCGCAAAUGGAGUUCAAAAACAAAUAAAAGGCCUAGCCACUGUGAGUCAACAUUUGACAAACUGCAGUGAAAAGAUUGCCCAGUUUGCCACAGAAACCAUAUUGCUCUUAAUGUGUUGAAAUACUGGUUAGUGUGUUUUAGCAGUCAAACUGGCUUUACAGUUUCAGUGGUGGUAUGGAUUAGACUGUGCUGAAUACUCCAUAUUGUGAUGUUUAUAAAAGCUGGACUAUUUAAAAUGGGCUCGGCGAGACUGGACCAGGCUGGACUACCAUUUCCACACUAGAGGUCAUAUUCAUUAACUUUCCAAAAAUGCAACACUUUCAGUAUUAAGUUUCGAACAUGUAAAGUUAAGGCCCUGAAAAAAUGGCACAAAGAUAAAAUUUGUAUUAUACAGGCAAAUAUACAACACUAGUGAACUUCUGUAUGGUUAUGCACUGUCAGGCUCCAAACUGAAAAGUUGUGAACACUGCCUCUGGUGUAUUGUAAAUGUUUCAAACUACUUGUACAUACUUUGUUCAUUGUGAUAGACCUUAUCACUUGACUUGCUGCUCCAAAUUUUGCAACAAAUCUUAAACUUCACGAUGCUAAAAGCACAGUCUGUAUUGACAAUCAUUUUUCUGCUAUAAUAAGUCAACAAUUCUGAUUAGGUUUUAUUAGAAAUCAAUAAUAAGGAACAUUAAAAUUACAUGUACUGUUAUCCAUCAUAAAAUAUUGUCAAAGUAAAUCCUGACAACUAGAGGUAGUUGAAAAGUGCUGAAAAAUGUGCUGUGAGAUUUGCAUCAAGUCCUUAGUGCAAUAACAAAAUAAGAAACAUAAGUAUCUUCCCUUAAAUGUCAACAGUAUAUUAAACCUAUUGAUUUUUACUACAUAUUUCAUCAAAAAGCGCUGCAGUGUUUUUGAGAAACACAUGUAUGAACCAUACUGCUGUUCAUGUCCCUUUUAAAAAUUUUACAACAAAAGGGAAUUAACUCAAGAAUGAACUUCAAAGACCUUAACUUAAUCAUUGUUGGUAAAAUAAUGCCGUUUUGAUAUUUUUGUACCAGUGAUGCUCAUAACCCCCUCUAAUGACCAGUUUUCAUUGUGAGACAAAUUUAAGAUGUAGAAUAUGUGCACUUGUCAUAAUAUUUACGAUUUGCGAUACGAUCAAAAUGAGACAAAUUUCCAUGGUCAUUCAAUGGUCAAAAAAGCACCAUGAGGGUUGGGUGGGAAGAGAGGCAGGUAGCACAUUGGCAUUGAUACAAACUCUAGUUUGCUCUUUUUGAAUUUUUACGGUCAACAUUUAUAAUUGUUUAAAAGUGAAGGUUUCAACACAUGACAUUAUUAUCUGUCUUCAGAAGACUUAAGCUGUGAUCUGGAAAAGACUGACGCCCUUCACAUUAUCAAAUUAGGUCCAAACCUUUUGUGUAUGGACAGCAUACACAAUCUGUCUCUGGUGCACCAUACAACUUUAUUUGUCUCAUUAUCUCCAACUGUAGCAAGGAUUUGACAAAUUUUCCUGUUUUCCUAAUGUGGUGCAUGAUAGAGUAAACUAGUCAACGAUAGGUGCAUUAUGAAGUCUUUCCAUGAUUUUGCAAUUCCAAAACCAAACUGGUUAAUCAGUCAUCAUUAAUGUAUGUUUCCUGUAAAAUGUUGACCAUCAUGAAACAUAAACAUACCACAUGUCUUUUUAAAUCUCAAACCAAGAUUGUUGCACUGUCAGUGCAUGGAUUUCAGCCAAACUGAGUUAACACAGACUGCAGUUGAUAUACGGUGCAUUCAAACCUUAGAUCAUUUCAAAGCGUGUAUAAUGCUUAAGAUAACUUGCCAUUUCCCUUGUUAUUAUGUAUUUCUUUUCCAUGCAGUGGUGUUAUAUGAUUUGAUAGCACAUUUUUAUGACUGUAUAUUAAAUACCUAGUAGUUCAUUUUUGCCUUUUUGUAAAAAUGUGUGUAGUCUGAUGUUGGAAGUGCCCUGAUGUUGGUGGGACCCAGCUUGUUGAGUACCAGAGGCAGUGUUAGUAUUAAAGAAGCCAACCCUAGCUUACUGUUAUAUAGAGUGUGACGUCAUGAAGUUGACACUGUCUCACCAAAUCAAGCCAACUAAUGGCUUUUCUUUUAAGCCAUUAUAACGAGAUUCGAUGUUGAAGUUGUUUGUCUGCAACGUAAUCCAAAAUGAUACAGCAGGAUUCUUCAUGAUUGGUUGAUUUACAAGACAUUGUUAAAAGACCUUGUGAGUACGAAAUUCGAAAACAGCUAACAAUCAUUAAAAGCUCACCUCUAGAGAUUCAAUGAGUUAUCACAAAUGAGGGGUUUGUGUUCAUUCUUAAGAAAUUAUCAGAACAUGUGCUCUAUAAACUACUUAAAGAGUAAAUGAUUUCGGAAAUUUCUUAAUUUUUUCCUUCAAAACAUAAAGAAUCUUACUCUUUGUAGCACUACUUCAAGUUCUCAUUGGUGCAGAUAUUAUUUGGUUAAAGAUCUAUCAUAUUGGCAAGAAUUGAUGACAUUGAAGGCUUGUAUCUCCCCAAACAGGUUCAGAACAUGUGUAUUCCUUUGUUAUUUUGACAUUGGCUAACAUUUUAUUGAGAUUAAUAUGUCGAUCUCGGCCAACCAGUGGUGAAAUCAUGUAAAGUGUGAUCCAAGUCAACCAGAGCUAGAACAUAAUGCUAUAUAAUGUAAACCAUAUUGUACAUGUUUACUUACGGUUCUAGUUUUGGUGGAACUGAAGUGGUUGGAGGGUCUUGAUUUUUGUGGGACACAUUAAGUUUGUAGCAUGUCAUCCACCUGAGUGCAGAAUGUGCAACCAAAUGUACAUGUUUCUAGCUCUAGUUUUGUUGGAAUACACUAGCACCGAUUCAGUUCAACCUCAGUCUGCAAAAUUGUGUCAUAUUUUAUCUUCUGUUGAGUGCAAUAAGAUAUUUUCAAACAUAUAAAGAA